AGGUUUUGCGGCCGCUGGCGGCGGGACCCCAGCGCAGAGGCCCCAAGCACGGAGCCAGAGGCUCCGUCCACCCAUGAGCGAAAACAAGCGGCCGGCGGCACCGAUGUCUUCCGCCGCGGCCCCUGCUAAGGAACCCAACGCCAUGGGCCCCAAGGCGGUGGAACUCGUCCUGGUCAAGGAGCAAAAUGGGGUGCAGCUCACGAACUCCACCCUCGCCAACCCCACGCAGACGCCCCUGGGGACCCAGGAGCGGGAGACCUGGAGCAAGAAAAUCGACUUCCUCCUGUCCGUGAUCGGCUUCGCGGUGGACCUGGCCAACGUCUGGCGGUUCCCCUACCUGUGCUACAAAAACGGCGGCGGUGCCUUCCUGGUCCCCUAUCUGCUCUUCAUGGUCAUUGCCGGAAUGCCCCUUUUCUACAUGGAGCUGGCCCUGGGGCAGUUCAACAGGGAGGGGGCUGCUGGCGUCUGGAAGAUCUGCCCCGUCCUGAAAGGCGUGGGCUUCACCGUCAUCCUCAUCUCGCUGUACGUUGGCUUCUUCUACAACGUCAUCAUCGCCUGGGCGCUGCACUACUUCUUCUCGUCCUUCUCCGUGGACCUGCCGUGGGUCCACUGUAACAACACGUGGAACAGCCCCAACUGCUCGGACGCCCACGCCGGCAACUCCAGCUCCGGCCCCAACGACACCUUCAGGACCACGCCUGCCACCGAGUAUUUCGAGCGCGGCGUGCUGCACCUCCACGAGAGCCGUGGCAUCGAUGACCUGGGUCCCCCCCGGUGGCAGCUCACGUCCUGCCUGGUGCUGGUCAUCAUCCUGCUCUACUUCAGCUUGUGGAAGGGAGUGAAGACUUCUGGGAAGGUUGUGUGGGUCACGGCCACCAUGCCGUACGUGGUCCUCUUCGCCCUGCUUCUGCGAGGAAUCACUCUCCCUGGGGCCAUCGAUGGCAUCAGAGCGUACCUGAGCGUAGACUUCCGUCGGCUCUGCGAGUCUUCUGUGUGGAUAGACGCCGCCACCCAGGUGUGCUUCUCGCUGGGCGUUGGGUUCGGGGUGCUCAUCGCCUUCUCCAGCUACAAUAAAUUCACCAACAACUGCUACCGAGACGCGGUCAUCACCACGUCUGUCAACUCCCUGACGAGCUUCUCCUCCGGCUUCGUGGUCUUCUCCUUCCUGGGGUACAUGGCCCAGAAGCACAGCGUGCCCAUCGGGGAUGUGGCCAAGGACGGGCCCGGGCUGAUCUUCAUCAUCUACCCGGAGGCGCUGGCCACGCUCCCGCUGUCCUCGGCCUGGGCCGUCAUUUUCUUCAUCAUGCUGCUCACCCUGGGGAUCGACAGCGCCAUGGGCGGGAUGGAGUCGGUGAUCACCGGGCUGGUGGACGAGUUCCAGCUGCUGCACCGGCACCGGGAGCUCUUCACGCUCUUCGUCGUCCUGGCCACCUUCCUCCUCUCGCUCUUCUGCGUCACCAACGGCGGCAUCUAUGUCUUCACGCUGCUGGACCACUUUGCGGCCGGCACGUCCAUCCUCUUCGGAGUGCUCAUCGAGGCCAUCGGGGUGGCCUGGUUCUACGGCGUGAGGCAGUUCAGCGAGGACAUCAAGCAGAUGACCGGGCAGCGGCCCAGCCUGUACUGGAGGCUGUGCUGGAAGUUUGUCAGCCCCUGCUUCCUCCUGUUUGUGGUCGUGGUGAGCAUCGUGACCUUCAGGCCCCCGCACUACGGAGCCUACGUCUUCCCCGAGUGGGCCAACGCGCUGGGCUGGGCCAUCGCCACGUCCUCCAUGUCCAUGGUGCCCAUCUACGCCGCCUACAAGUUCUGCAGCCUGCCCGGCUCCCUGCGGGAGAAACUGGCCUACGCCAUCACCCCGGAGCAGGAGCGGGAGCUGGUGGACAGCGGGGAGGUGCGUCAGUUCAGGCUUCGCCACUGGCUCCUGGUGUAGCCGGCGGGCAGGGGGCCCGGACGGCCGCCGCAGAGCAGGAGAGAUGCCCGCAGAGAAGAGACCCCGAGCUGAGAGACAACGGCGGGGCCGCCGGCUGCGGGACCCCUGUCUCCGAGAACCGCACAGAGCCUCUGCCUCCCGGCUCCGUGCGCCCUUCCUUUGCCACCAGGAGAGGACUGGCCGUCGUGCUUGUCUCUGUGACCACGUAACAUAGAUCCGUGCCCCUUCCUGCAGGUAGACGCCGUCCGUCCGUCCGUGUUCUGUUUGUGCCAAGCCCACCGCCUCCCCCGCCGGCUGCCCCUGAGUGCGGGUCUUGCUGUCACCCGCGU